AGAUGGCGUCCAAUGCCUAGAACUUGUGCUGUCGAUGGGAAUAAUUCAGUAAUUGAAGUGCGUUAAAACGCAUCUAAAUUUAAAGAGUAUUUCUGAUAUGUAAUCUUCCUUAAUGAUUUUAUUCUUAUAUCCUCGAUUUGAAGCAGAGUUUAUGGAGGUGACAGGGCUCCCAUUCCUCGCCACACUAGGAUUUUAUUUCGGCUAGGCCGCUGCCUGUUGGCAUCUCUUUCUUCUUAAACGUCAGCAUUUGCUACUACUCUCCAUGUCAGGACCUGAGGCAGUAAAGUUGGAGAACACAGUCGAAGAAGCAGAGACUCGGUUGUCAUCUGACAUCAUUGAGUCGUCUGUCGUAGCAGAUAUCAACUCUGACAACAGUCAGUCAUCUACGAGUGUGCCCCCAGAUAUCACACAAACUGACACCUACUCAUUAGAUGACCCCUAUACCAGUGACCCCCCUGACCUUAACCCAGAGGAGGAUACCAACCUUCCCACGAAGGCCAUCAAGAAAGAAGGCGACUUUCUGACACUGACAACGUAUGAGGCAGCCGAGUUGAGCGACUCGAGUGGCCCGCCAGAUAUUACCAGUGCUGCUUACGAGAAAACUGAGGAGGAAGGGGAUAUUGAGAUUAAAGAUUAUUCUUAUGUGGACUCCAAUUCGCCAGCCCCCUUACUGACCAGUUUAGAGGAGCAGGGAGAGUUCACAGACUUCCCCACGGAACUUCCGGAAGACCCCCAGAAUAUCUUCCCUGACACUGAUCCUCCCCCUGACCUGCUUCACCAGGAGGAUUUAACACCUCCCGAGGGGUACUUGGGUUCCUCUUUCCCUGAGUCUAGUCUCUCAGAGUCCUUGCUGGCUGUUGCUCCUGGAGAUAUUCUGCCCGUUGUAUCACUUCCCCAGGCAAAUCCAAACUUCUUUCAGCAAAACAAAAGUUUGUCUUUGUCUCAGAACAUCAAGCGAGGACCAGGAAGGCCGAGAAAAGAUGGUCAGGAACCAGCUCCAAGGAGGAGGUCAUCGUCGAGCAAACCUUUAGCCAAAUCUAUUGUUACGAAAGCUCAGAGGAUUCUACACAACAGUGCAGGCAUCAGCAGGAAGAUAUUUCCACCUAUAGAACAGAUGGACUCGGGGAGCCAGAGUUCACUGUCUCAGGCUGAGGGGCCGAUGGUCCCCCUCUCUAUGGAAUCAGGGGAAGAAACCACCCAGUACGAAAUGGAUGAAGAUGUAUCAACAGUGAUGUCUGAAAAUAUGGAUGAAGCUAGUUUAGACUCCCAGCUGCCAGUUCGUGUCUGUGGUCUGUGUAACUGUGGAGAGAGGAGCUUGCUGGGUCAGGGGGAAAUCUUUCGAUUUGAGCCCACUCAAGGCUUUAACUUCCGAAAGACCCUGGCAAAAAAUGACAAGAAACCUGCUGAUUUUGAUGAGAGGUCACUAGAGAAGGAGGGGGCCUCCAAACCAUUGACAUGGAGAAGAAAUAGAGGGCCUAUAAAGGGAGUGAGUGAAAGGGAAAGAGAGAAGAGUCACUCGCCGAGAAGAACAGGAAAUGAGGAUGACCCCUGCAUGCUCCUGGGGGAUGAACUUACAGUAUUAGGCUUCCCCGAGGAAAUAGAAGCUAUGCAUGUUUUUGAACCAACAGGUCAUGUGUGGGCACAUCAUCUAUGUGCUGCCUGGUCAGAUGGAGUCAGCUCUACUGGGGAUGGAACUCUCAAGUUUGUCGACAAAGCUGUCUUCAAUGGACUUUCUCAGAAAUGCAGUUACUGUAGGCGAUAUGGAGCCACUAUUAACUGUGUCUAUCCUAAGUGUACAAAGAAGUACCAUUACCCUUGUGCUGCUGCUGGGGCAUGUUUCCAGGACAAGAAGAAGCUGUCUAUUCUCUGCCCCGAUCAUUCAGAUCAAGCGGAGGCUAUUGCUGGUGAGGAUGCAUACUGUGUUUUGUGUUGCCAAGCCGACAAGAUCAACAAACAGCUGUUCUGUACUUCCUGUGGCCAUCAUUAUCAUGGCAGCUGUCUCCAUCCCUCAGUAGCCCUCUCUCCUGAGGUCAGGGCAGGCUGGCAGUGCCCUGACUGUAAGGUGUGCCAAAUGUGCAGACAACCAGGUGAGGACAGUAAGAUGCUGGUGUGUGACACGUGUGACAAAGGAUACCACACCUUCUGUCUGAAGCCAGUCAUGACCGCCAUACCAAAGAAUGGGUGGAAGUGCAAGAACUGUCGAGUGUGUGGAGACUGCGGUGCCCGAACCCCAGGAAGUGGCCCCAGUUCUCGGUGGCACCUGAACUACUCUGUGUGUGACAGUUGUUACCAGCAGAGAAACAAGGGCCUGUCCUGUCCACUGUGUGGCAAGGCUUACAGACAGUUUACACAGAAAGCCAUGAUACAGUGCAACACCUGCAAAAAGCAUGUUCAUGCUGAAUGUGAUGACUACAUUGACAAUGUGAUGUUGGAGAGAGUGAAGAACGAAGAACAGGUGGACUACAUGUGUUCUGUUUGUCGCAACAGAGACCCAGAGGUGAGAAUGGAAUCGGUGUUUCCUUUUAAUUUUCCUUCCCAUGAGGAGCCAAGUAAUGAAAUGUUUGACAUCAAAGGUAAUUAUUCUGACAUGGAAAAUGCAUCCUCCAUAAUGGAUGAAAGCUCCAGUUCCUUCCUCCUUAAUGAAGACUCCAUCUCUAGCAUGGAUAUAGACAUCAAUGCACUGGAAAAGUUUUCUAGCCCUCCCCAUAUUCACCCACCACAAGAGGGCUGUGGUAUUGGUAGCAAAGGAGGAAAACUGAACGCCAUGAGCCGAAAGAAAAUAGGAGUGUCCAAUCCUGGAAGGUCAAGGGGAAGACCAAUGGCACCAGAGAAGAAAAAGAGACCCCCAGCUUUCUGUGAGAGAAAGAGGGGACCCAAACCAAAACUUAAAACCAGUCAGCCUGGACUACAAGCACAGAUAUCACCAGCUCUCCCUGGAGAACCCCCCAAGAAGACUCAGUUUUCUACCGAGGAUGAAGAUGAUGGUGAUGACCAUCCACAGACCAUUAUACUGGCCAACGCUCAGGAUAGAUUUGUCCUAGAUCAGGAUGUUUGCAAAAGUUGUGGCAGUUUUGGUCGUGGAGAGGAAGGAAAGCUUAUAGUCUGUACCCAGUGUGGCCAGUGUUACCAUCCGUACUGUGCCAGUGUCAAGGUAACCAAGGUGAUUCUUCAGAAAGGCUGGCGUUGCCUUGACUGCACUGUUUGUGAGGGCUGCGGGAAGCCUCAUGAUGAAGGGAGACUACUCCUGUGUGACGAAUGUGAUAUCAGUUACCACAUAUAUUGUCUGGAUCCACCCCUGAAUCAUGUACCAAAAGGAACCUGGAAAUGUAAAUGGUGUGUGAUGUGUGUGAACUGUGGCAGCACCACUCCAGGCUUUGGCUGUAACUGGCAGAACAAUUACACCCAGUGUGGUCCCUGUCGCAGUAAGAUUGACUGUCCCGUGUGUAGACACAAGUACCACGAGGAUGAGAUGAUUAUCCAGUGUCUACAGUGUAACCGCUGGCUGCACGCCCUAUGUGACGGACUCCGGUCAGAGGACGACAUGGAGAGGGCUGCCGAUUACGACUAUCAGUGUCUGUUCUGUAGACCAAAGACAGGCAAAGACGGACCGUUGCCACCACCUCCUGCACCACCCACACCACCCCCUGUGGAGAUGGAAGAACCCUCCACCCCGCCAUUUUACAGAGAGCCAGAACCUAUUCCACAAAAGCGAUACUUGAUGGACGGGGUUUACUUAUCGGAGACAGGUGUACAACACAUGCAGGAAAUAACCAUACAGAUUCCGAAAGUGAAGCGACAGAGGCGAACCAACAAACGGCCAUCAAUUGAUAUGUUACCAGGGCAACGCCUGACAACGCAGAUGUCUCAGGAGGGAGACGAACUAGAAAAAGAUGGCCUCGAUGAUGUCAGUGAGAUGUCUACCCCCCUACCAGCUGAAGCCCGAGGGGAAGGGGACUCCCUGUUGAGCCCCACUGGACAGGUGCCCCCAGGAAUCCCCCUGGAGGGGGAGAAGAAAGAGAGAAAGAAGAGGACCACUAUUGGACUGGGUGUUGGAGGAUUUAUUGCCAAACAAAGGAGUAGACAAACGAAUGUUAAGAGGCAGAUGUCAGAAGUUGCUGCAGAAAUGGCAGAUGGACAACCUCGUCCUGAAGGUGAAGAUGGUGAACCAGUUCCGAUUCAGUUAGGGGAAGGUGAAAUGAAGAAACAAAGGAAACGUCAAGCUCGCAAGAAAAGUCAACUGGAAAACAGUUUCCCUAACUAUCUACAGGAAGCCUUCUUUGGAAAGGACAUUCUUGAUAAAAGUAAAGCCAAGGUCAAGCAAGGUCACAGAGCCGACUCAGAUUCCGACAACGAAUCAAGGGCGUCCACCCCUAACCUGCCGAAGGACAUCCCCCAGCCCUCGCUGUUUCCUGAGAUGACCCAGGGGAAUUCUAAGCUCCCUGCAGCCCUGCCCUCUGUUGGAACCUCUCAGUCUGUUCUGUCAGCCGGGGCUUCAUUAGUUCCUAGUUUUCCUGGAACUAGUGGUGAUAUUAACCCUAUAGCAGAUGUGUUACCAGACCUAGAAGAACUGCCACAUGAUGAUCUCCUGAGUAUAUUCAAAGAUGGAGAUCUGCCUAUGACAGAGGAGCAGCCAUCCACCAGUCAGCCGACAGCGGGCCCCAGCGGUGAGCUCCCGGACAUCCUGUCUGACGUGGAGACCACGAUUGAUGUCGAUAAAAUGCUUCCUGAUGAUUUGACCCAGAUAGAUGGACAGACAGUGGAUGACAUAUUUAAGGGUGUCCUUCAACCCGAUGGAGAUCCUAAUCAAUCUGUACCCGGUGGAGGACCUCAGUACCCGCUGGUUGGCUCCUCUGUACCACGCCUACCACCCCACAUGCAGCAACCAGGACAGAUGCCACCAAUGCCUGGAAUGCCUUAUGGAGACUACAGGGGGAUGGGAGGAGAACCGCCAUCAUGGCAGCAGGUGGGGGCGGAUGGUGAGGACGGCGGGGGGACAACCACGAGUCGCCGUAACAUGCUGAAGUGGGAGUGUGACGAGGAUCUGGGAGAGAAGUCCACAAUAUCCGCCGUGUUAUACUGCAAUCUGAGGCAUCCUGAGCUUAAACAACAAUACCCAGACUGGUCUGAGAGAGUGAAGAAAAUUGCAAAGGCUUGGCGAGAGUUAUCCUCUGAUGAGAAGCAACCUUAUUUGAUGCAGGCAAGGAAAAACCGAGCUAACACUAAGCAGACACAAGAAUUUAAAAAGAAAAAUAAAACCCCUGUAAUGGGACCGCCAAUGCCUCCAGGACCCCAGGGGCAAAUGCCUCUCCCUCAGAACUCUCCCUAUCCCCCUCCAGGGGACAGUAUGGGAUCUCCUGUUGGCCCAAGCCCUUCUAACAGAGUACCUAGUAGUCCUUCUGUGAUGACCACACCAGAAGGUCACUCCCCUAGUCAGAUGCCGGGCAGUCUACCUGAGAGCCCCCUUAGUCACCCCACCACCCCACAGGAUCCUAGGAUGAUGGGAUCACACCCUGACCCCUUCAAUCCAGUAAUGGCACCACCAGGAAUGCGGCACCCUCAGGGUGGACCUCCUAGACCUCCCAUGGUGCGAUCAGCUUCAGGAGGAAUGGACCCUUACAGUCAGGAUCCUUACGCUAAGCCGCCCUCAACUCCUAUGUCAGGUCCACAAACCCCCCAAAAGUCCCCCUCAAAACUGCAGUGGCCCGGUCAGGCUCAGGAGUCAGAUUCCUAUGAAAACCCUCCAGGUACCCCAAUGGAGGGAAUCGGUUCCGGACAUGGUCCUGCCCCAGGGCACCCAUUUGAUCCUUAUGCACAGCCCCCUCACACGCCUCGGCCAGGAAUGGUUCCACCACAAGGGGCUCCAAGGCCACCCUUCUCCCGUCAGUCUUCUAUGCCAGCUACGCAGACUUCUCAUGCUGAGGAUCCUUAUGCUUUUCCUCCCCAUACUCCUGGCCCUAGACCAACAGGAGAGGUUCAAAGUCCAGAUGUGGGUCCGAGACAGCCAGGGGAGAUAUACCCUAGAAUGGGAGACCAUCUGCGGCCUCCUUUUCCUCCCAGCUCUGUCCCCGGUUCCAUGGGCCAGCCAUUACAGGGUACACCCUCUGAACUGUACAGAAUGGGCAGCCAGGCGGGAAUGAGGCUCCCGUUCAGACCCCCAGGUCCACCCACGUCUAGACCCGAUGUCUACGGGCAACCUCUUCAUCCUGGUAUGGAGCCACCAAGGGAACAAUCAGCUGGCUUACAGGACAAGACCUCGGCUGGAGAAACCAGUCAACAAGUUAGAAAUCUCCUACACAAGCAGGCGGAGUCCAGAAUGAGGCAGGUCAAGGCCCAGGAGCCACCCCAGUCCCCCUGGGAGGGCCACCCACCAGCCUAUACUUCUGAGGAGAUGACCCGAUUUCCUGGGGCCCGAGGAACGUGGCCGGCCCCUCCCCGAAUGCCAGGGCCAAGGCAAAUCCCCCACCCCACUGAGAUGGAAGGUUAUGGUAUGCGACCUCCUUAUAGUGAAGGUGUUCACCCCGGACAGAUGAGGCAGCCCCGCCCCCACGGUCCGAUGAUGCCAGAAAUGUACUCACCCAAACAAUCCCAACAGAUGUCCCCUGGCCAACUGCCCAGUAUCAGACCUGGACAGAAUCCAUUAGCUGGCCAUGAUCCAAGAUUCCCUAACAUGAUGGAACGCUUCCCUGUCCCGGGUCAACAGGUGCCCCCUAAUCAGCAGGGAGGUCAACAGGUGCCCAGUAUGCCAGGUCAGGGUCAGACCUAUAAAUCUUACCCCCCAGAGUCAGGGGAACAGAGCAGGAUGACCCAAGGUCCUAAAGGAGAGCAGAGGAAGCUAGAACAAGAGAGAGAGGACGGGAAAACAACAGACACAAAGGAGGAGAAGAAAGAAUCAGAGGACGAGAAGCAGCUGAAUGACACAGACCUGAUAGAUCUCCUAGGUUCUGAUGGAACAUUUGACAUUAUAAAAUUUGUGGACACAGACACUGAACUGAAUCUUGAUGAAAACAAGAGCAUCUUUGAUGAUCUGGAUGAAGUUGAAAAUGGUGCCAUGGAGAAACCAGACAAUAAGGAAGACAUGAAGAUAGCCAAAGACAAAAUGGACUCAGAGCUGGAGACAUCAAAAACAGGAGGCGGAAUCCCAGAUUUCCAGUCCAAGUUCUUAGAGUUCAGUCAGAAGAAGAAUGAGGAAAGGAAGGUUGGGACAGAGGGGGGCAAUCAGAUGAGUGAGAUGGAUAAAAAAGACCAACAGAAUAUCAGUCAGAUAGCUGCUCUCCUACAGCAACAAAGCUCAGAACACAUGCCCCCCACCCUGGAACGUAGAGACUCUGUCAAGUCAGACACUUCAGCCCCAGGUAAAGACCAGCUACCCAGAACUCCGGGCUCUGGACCUCUGACUCCUUCUGGAAUACAGCCUGGUGUGGAUCAGACUGCUGCUUAUCCAGGAAUGGCAUCCAGAGGGCCGUAUGCAGCAGGAAUGCAUUCCCCUCUCCAUCAGGUGCCCCAGCCCUCACCUGGCUCCAGCUAUCCCCCGGGCCAGGGACCACCCACUCCUGGCCUACCCUCCCCCAAAGUAAUGCCAUCACCCAGAAGUAACAUACCAUCCCCCAGAACACCAACUGUUCAAUCACCAUUCAAUCCAAUGAACAAUCAACAGUCUCCAUUUCCACAGACUCAGUCUCCUUUCUCUCCUACAGUGUCGUCUGCUCCACAGUCACCUUAUGCUGGCUCUAAACCACAGCCACCCUUCUCUCUUCCUGUUGGAAGCACCAGUCAGACUGGGUACUCCGCUGUGGAAGGGGGCACUCCAGCCCAAAGUCCAGGUCAAAGGUCACCAAGGGGUACCAUUACGCCAACAAACCAGUACAUGCAGGGUACUUAUGGUCAGCCCAUGAUGCAAGGACCUCCAAGAGGAACCACUCUAACUCCCACACCCAACAGUAUUAUGUAUGGAGGACAGUCAGGUGUUCCACAGCAUGGCAUGAGAAAUCCAGGUCCUGCUUCUAUGCCUGGAAGCAGACCACCUUUCUCAGGAGCAUCCACUCAUCCAAUGGGACAUGGAAUGGACACCCCCACUUCACAGAUGCAUCCUAUGGAUCCCUCUGCUGUGCCUCACAUGGCCACUUCCCAGGCCCCUCAUGGAUCAGAGGUGCAGGGCCACCCUCCAUCCUCUCAGGCCACUGCUGCAAUGCCUCCUUAUGGAAUGCCAGGGCAGAGAAUGCCAGGAGUGAGGCCUCCCAUGGGGGGAAUGGCAUUACCUGUCACAACAUCUUCCCCAGGAUCACAGGGGAAUGUACGGCCUCAGCUACUUCAAGAACAGCCACUUCUGAUACAGGAUCUGUUGGAACAGGAGAAGCAGGAACAGCAGAGGCAAGCCCAGCAGCAGGCAAUGGGAAUAAUGCAGCGGCCUCCACCGGAGGGAAUGAUGGGUCAGCCACCCAGACCAGGAAUGCCCAUGGGACAAUUCCGUCCACGUAUGGAGGGAAUGAGGCACCCUGGGGACCCAAACUGGAAUCCAAAUGUCCAGAGGCCUUACGGACAACCAGAGAUCCCUCCAGGUCAGCCACCAUUUGUACGAAUGCCGGGACAACAGAUGCCCCCUAGGAUGCCUGGUCCUUAUGGGGGUCAGCCCCCUGGUAUGGGCCCCAUGGGAAUUCCCCCUCCUCCACAACCACCCCCUCAACCCCCAAUGACAGGGGAGUUGACUCCUGAACUAGAGCGGCAGCAACAGCAAUAUGAGGAUUGGCUUGUGAAGCAUGGAAACUAUAUAGAGAUGCAAGUCAAGGCACUGGAACAGCAGAUUGGAAAGUGCAAGCGAACCAAAAAGGCUAUCAAUGCCAGAAAUCGACAAGCCAAGAAGUCAGGGAGGGAGCCAUCACCAAACGAUGCCACCGAGUUGGAGAGAGUGACCCAGGAGCAGGCAGUCCUUCAGAAACAGUUAGAAGGACUCCGUAAGCAGGUCAAACAGCACCAGCUACAGACCACAGACUACCGCACAAAGAAACGGGAACGGUAUGGCCAGGACUGGGCUUUCAGUCAGAUGCCCCCUGCUACAGGUCCUGCUAUAAUGUCUAUUCCUCCCGGAGGAUUACAGCCUAGAAUCCCUGGCCAGCAGGGCUCGGCCCGCCUCACGGCAUCAGCCAGACAGGCUUAUGAUGAGUACAUGCAGGAUCGACUCAGACAGUCCCAGCAGAUGCCUGCAUCAGCUCCCCGUCCCCAGCACACAGUAGUGGAGGACAAUAACCCGUUCAGUGAGGAAUAUCAAGAGAGAGAACAGAGGGAGAGGGUUUACAGCCUACCCAAACCACUGCCCGAUACAGAAAAACCAGAAAUGAUGAGACAGAUGCCCCAGUACUUUGAUCCUAGAACCAUGCCAUAUGACCAGAGUGGACGAUUCCCUGCACCACGAUUGCCAGGGGAUCCAAUGCAACGGUUUCCUGGCACAGCAGCGUCCAAUGUUGGAGCCACUGAGCCUCGACCUCCAGUCCAGUUUACACCGCAGUCUGAAACAGAAAAACGCAUAAUGGAAAUUCUCAACAACACAGCAGGCUUGACAGCUCGUACUCAGAUAGAGGCCAUGGAGAAAUCACCAGGAAAAGCUAAAGGAAGUGAGACGUCUGCCUCUGUCCCAGGUAAUGACCAGAAACCAGGGACAAAGAAACUGGAUCCAGGGACCAGCUCUCUGGCGAUUCCUUCAACCUGUGUGUCUGGUCCUAGCAAUACGUACACACCAGCUAUCCCUCAACUUUCUUACCACAUUGAAAACACAGAUACAGAGGAUCAACAAGAGGAGCCUAUCUUACCAAUGAAUGUGAUGAUCCAUCAGAGUAUUCCUCAGAGUGCAGCUAUUGCAUGUUCUCUUCCCCAGGUACAUAGUGCUCCCUCACAAAAUCAGCAAACAGAUUCUGUGCCACAGGAAUCUGAUUCGGCUCCUCAGUCGACAGAGAGUUCAUCAAAAACAGCUGAAGGGAGUGUUCAGUCUGAUCAAGUGCAUUCUCAAGAUAAAGCACCAAUCAGUGGCUCGGAACCGGAGGCUGCUCCAACACCAGUGAAUAUCCCUAAAGAACCAGAAAGUGUGGUCACCUCCCAAGUCCAACAAAUACCGCCCCAGUCAUACCCCCCUAUAUCAACUAUGCAAGGACAUCAGCUUCCUCCCCCAAAUAGUCAGGAAAGAAUGUCCCCCAGGGGAAUGAUUCCUCUGUCUUAUGUUAAUGCCUAUAACCAGGUUCAUGGAAGGAUGUCACCCAGACAGGCUCAUUUCGGCGGUGCACCUCGAGGGCCAUCACAAAACCAGAUGUCCCCCAGGCAGUCUACAACCCCCUCUCCAGGGCGAUAUUCUCCCAGACAAGCUAGUCCUUCACAUUCAGCGGGGCCAUCUCCGGGGCGAUACUCACCUCGCCAGGGCUCACCUGGUGUGUCCAGACCUCCCUCCAGACCGCCUUCUCAUCCUGGCCAGGAAUACAUACCUCCUCGGCAAGUUCCCACUCCCAUUUCUUCAGGAUAUCCCAGCUGUACCCCUCCAGCUUCUCCAAGUGUCAAUCACCCUGUAGCUCCAUCAAAUGUCAGUUCUCCUGCAAGUGCUGCAUCAGUGGAAAGUUCAUCCCGAGUAGAGACUCCUGCUGUUCAAACUGUGACAAACUUAGUUUCAAAUAUUCCAACCGGCCGUGCACAGUCUGCUUCUCAGAAUGCAGUUGCUGCUCCUGUUGCUUUACCACCAGCAACUGAAGUGAGUGCACCUGCCUCUGAACAAUCAAACAUUAAUGUACAAGUUGUUAAUGUUAUUCAACCUUCUCAGGUUUCUGACUCAAGUCAUGUUCAAAACAUGGCUACAGUGUCAGAAUCUUCAGUGUCAGAGGGAACAGAGCCAGUAGAAAAGACCAGUCCCACGGCACACACAGACAGUAGUCAAGAUAAUAACCAGUAAAAAUCAUGUAUGAAAUGUUUAUUUAUGUGAUUUACAAAGUUAUUGUAUAUAACAAUGGACUUUUAUUAGAUCUGCAAAUAAAAAAAUUUGCAAUAUAA